AUGCAGCCAACGCCGGCUCCGUCAUCCCCCGGUAGGAGCUCCCCGCCGCGCGAGUCGUCGCCACCGGUGGCCGCGGCGCCAGGCCAUCCACUCAUAUAUCCCGCACCGCCGCAAAACAACGGGAGCGCGCCGUUCCAUGUGCUAGCGGCACUUUUUGACAGAUUGCAGAAUGAAAGAAAGCCUGACAAACGUCGCAAAUUGCUCUCGUCGUGGUUCAACCAUUGGCGGAAAGAAAUAGGUCCCGAUCUAUACCCUGUCUUGAGACUCAUACUGCCGCAGAAAGACCGCGAGCGAGCUGUAUACGGUCUGAAGGAGAAGAACCUUGCAAGGGCCUAUAUCAAGCUCAUCCCUUUGGGCAAACGUGAUCCGGAUGCGGUGCGACUGCUCAACUGGAAGAAGCCCACUGAAAGAGGCAAAUCGUCGGGCGACUUUCCUACAGUGCUCUAUGAGGUCGUGAACAAGCGAUCUUCCGUCGUAGAGGGAUCUCUGACCGUCGACGAUGUCAAUGAAUACCUGGAUCAGAUCGCGCAAAACAUGGGCAAGUCUGAUAUUCAGUCCAAGAUCCUGCAGCGCAUUUACAACAGAUCGACUCCCGAGGAGCAACGGUGGAUCGUGCGCAUCAUUUUGAAAGAUAUGAUCAUCUCCGUGAAGGAGAACACUGUCUUCGGUGUCUUCCAUCCCGACGCUCACGACCUGUUCAACACCUGCUCUGACCUGAAGAAGGUAGCUUGGGAGCUAUCCGACCCUUUCCGACGACUGAAGGAUGAGGACAAGACUGUCCAGCUAUUCCGUGCUUUUGCCCCUAUGCUCUGCAAGCGCCCCAACAAGAAGAUCGAAGAGUCUGUCAAGGGGAUGCAAGGUCGAACCUUUAUCAUAGAGGAGAAGCUCGACGGGGAGCGUAUCCAGUUGCAUAAACGGGGCAACGAGUACUUCUACUGCUCACGAAAGGGCAAAGACUAUACGUACUUGUAUGGCAAACACGUCGGUACAGGCAGCUUGACCCCGUAUAUCGACGCAGCAUUCGACGAACGGGUCGACGAGAUUAUCCUGGACGGCGAGAUGCUCGUCUGGGAUCCCGUGUCAGGACGCAACUUGCCAUUUGGAAGCCUCAAAACCGCGGCUCUGGAUAGGUCAAAGAAGGAACAUAACCCACGCCCCUGCUUCAAAGUCUUCGACCUACUCUACCUCAACGGCAUGUCGCUGCUCCACCGAUCCACGAAGUUCCGCAAACGGAACCUCCGGUCUUGUCUUAAGGAGGUGCCCGGGCGCAUCGAGUUUAUAACGGAAUACGAAGGGAAGACCGCGAAGGACAUACGAAUUCGCAUGGAUGACAUCGUUGCCAACCGUGGCGAAGGGUUGGUACUCAAGCAUCCGGAUGCGGAGUAUGUGCUCAACGGAAGGAACAAGGAUUGGAUCAAAGUGAAGCCAGAAUAUAUGGAUAACAUGGGAGAAACAGUCGAUCUUCUUGUCGUCGCCGGGAACUAUGGGACUGGCAGACGAUCUGGAGGUGUCUCCACCCUCAUCUGCGCAGUCUUGGAUGAUCGACGGUCGAACGACGACGACGAGCCGAAGUAUUGUUCCUUUGUGCGCAUUGGCACGGGCCUUUCGUACGCCGACUACAUCUGGAUCCGCCAAAAGCCUUGGAAGGUAUGGGGCGUCAAUGGGCCUUCAUGGCUGCACGUGUCAAGAAAGGGACAUGAGGAUAAAGGCGACUGUUAUCUCGAACCAGAAGACUCGUUCAUCCUCAAGAUCAAGGGGGCGGAAAUCAUCAGCUCCGACUUAUACUCAUUGGGGUUCACCAUGCGCUUCCCGCGUGCACUCCGGAUCCGAGAUGAUUUGAGCAUCGCGGACUGCAUGACCGCCACUGCUGUCCUCGAGAAUAUUAGGUCCGAGAAGAAGAGGAAGAUGGAGGACGAUGAUGACAAGCCCAAGAAGAAGGCAAAGAAGACGGCCAAGAAGCCUACGAUCAUGCCGGAAUACCAAGGGACAAACCUCAAGGAUGUACCAGUAGAAUCCGAGUUGUUCGACGGUUACAAGUUCAUGGUGUCCUCCGACCCGAAGUCUAGAACCGGAUCUGCGGACAAGAGUGCUCUUCAGCAGAUGAUACAUGCUCAUGGCGGCAAGGUCGUUCACAUCCCCCGCGAUGACCCGAAUCUGUUCGUGGUAUAUGGCGGCCAAACAACGCCAUAUGACCUCAAGCUGAUCAUCAACAAGGACGUAUGCGACAUCAUCCGGCCUCAGUGGAUCCUGGACUGUGUGGCAAAGGAGACGAUCGUGCCUUUGACGAAGAAGUAUUUCUUCCACGCGACGACAGCUCGCAAGGAGACCGAAGACUACAGCGCGGAUAACAGCGAUACCGAGGAAGAAUCUCCCCCGCCCUCUUCUCCAUCAGCAUCCAUAAGCAAGACUCCUGAAGAACUUGCUCAUGAGAAGCAGGUAGAGAGCCAGAUCGAUCCAUCAAUGGCAGAGUGGUUCGAUAUCGGAGCCAAGUCUAAGGCCACGCAAUCACGGGAGGAGGACAGCGGCAGCGAGACGGAGCCCGAGCCAGACGAGGAAGAGCCGGAUUCGGAGAACGAGGAUGUGCGACCUGAACCGGAGGUCGGCUUCGAUGAGGAAGAUGGCGACUGGGAGCAAAUCGAGAGGGAGGGAGACAUGAAGCCUACUCAGAGCGAGAAGGCCAGCGGGAAGGGCAAGGAGGAAGAGUAUGUCCGCAUGGGAGAAGAUGAAGAUGCUAUUCAUUAUGACCAGGACAAGAUCUUCAAGCAUCUGUGCUUCUAUGUUGACUCUCCUAGCAAGGCCCGAGAGCUCGGCUUGUCUGUCAAAGCGAAGAACGAGGCAGACGUGGAGAAGCGCCUGAAAGAGAUCGUGAAACUUAUCGAGAGCAACGGCGGUCGCGUUACAGACGUUGACGACCCCAAAUUAACUCAUGUGGUGCUUGACAAGCGUGACAUCAGUCGUAGGCAAGAGCUCAUCAAGCGCACCUCCAAGCCGAAGCGUAGGCAUCUCGUUAUCGCUGAAUUCAUUGAGGCGUGCCUCGAGGAAGAAACACUAUUAGAUGAAGAUGAGUUCAUGCCUUGAGCUUGGUAUUCGCCGUUUGUGUGACAGGAGGGCUGCCGGAUUUACUGUAUGAGUGUUUGAAUAUCACGAGACCGGAUAGCUACGCCACAUGUACCUCAUAUCUUUCAUACGCAUCUUCGGAACGGACUGGUACACUCGAAUAGUAAUACGCAAACGUUCUGACUCCAAGGACACAGACCAUUCAUGUAUCCAAGCAGCUUAUACCUAUUCGCCG